AUGGCUUACGCUGCUACUUCAUCGCCUUCCACCCUCAAUGGCGACAGUCAAGCAAGUUUAAAACUCACUGGCUCACUCUCUCAACCCCCCAAACUACAUAAUGUCAUUACCUCAAUCCCGCCUGCCUCCAAUCCCUCAUCGGCAAGCUUCUACUCCUCUUACUCAGCCACCCCAAACUCUACUCACUCAACCUACAACUACUCAAAUGCUUCAAGCCCCUCAGGCACACCCUUACAUAUCCCCUCUGACUCUCUUCGAGGGCGACUGUCCACUGCCCCUCUUAUACCGCCUGGCACUUUCGAGCUUGGAGAGUCCGAGAUGGCUGUUCCUGGCUACGCCAUCACCUCUGGCUCGGCAGAUAUCAUCACGCAGAACACGAACAAAGGCCCCGGUUUGAUGCGUAGAAUCUCACGUGGAGCAGCGAGCAAGCUCACGAGAAGACGUACUUCCACCACCCACAAUGACAAGCGAGAUCGAAGCUCCGGACCGGUUAUCAUGCGCAGACGAAGCGAUAGCAAGACUGCUCAGAACAGCUGGGAGAACGCCCUGGAAUCUAGCAACGAGGAAGACAGCAAUGAUGCCUUGGAAACCAACGGCGCCUGUGGUCCAGAAGCAUCCAGCCUACCAAAUGAUAGCUCAAUGACGGCUUCCCGCAACUGUGGUGUGGUUGCGCCUAAGGUUGACGGGGCAAUCCAACGUGGCACGAUAUUGACCAAGGUCACGAAAAAGCGCCGCAAACAAGUGCGUUUCUUCCUGGAUCUCGAUGCUGGCAAAGUCUACUGGGAUCCCUCCAAUCCAGCAAAACGGUUCUAUAUCGACGAUGUGAAGGAAAUCCGUGUCGGGGCCGAUGCGCGGAAUUACCGCGAAGAGCACCAGGUCCCAGAAGAACUCGAAGGUCGAUGGUUUACAAUUGUUAUUGCUGAUGCGGAACGCUUCAAAGGCCGUACGGUCAAAACAAUGCACCUCAUCGCUCCGAAUGACCACAUUCUUGAGCUCUGGACUUCAACCCUCGAACAUAUUUCUCGUUACAGGAUAGGUCUCAUGGCUGGUCUGGCAGGAUCCGGACAGAGCGAGGCGGUCCUGAAGGCUCACUGGCAGCGUGAGAUGCAAUUAUUAUACCCCCAGGGUCUCAAGCCAGGCGAUCAGGAGAGCCUUGAUUUCGAAGCCGUGGAGGGUGUCUGCCGCAGCCUGCACAUCAAUUGCUCGAAGAACAUGCUGCGCGCCCAGUUCUCCAAGGCUGACAUCAACAACAAGGGCAAGUUGUACUUUUCCGAGUUUAGUGACUUCGUUGCUAGACUGAAGGAGCGGAAAGAUGUGAAGAUGAUCUUCAAGGACAAUGCUUUCAACUCUGACGGCCUCACUCUCGACGAAUUCCUAUCGUUCCUUCGUGAUGUUCAGAAUGAGGACGUUGACUCGGAUCAAGCCCAUUGGACAUCUAUCUUUGACAAGUUUGUCCGCAAGUCAAAGCCGCGCACGCCGAGCAUUCCGGAACACGGUGACAACCAGGUCUCCCGAAUGAGUGUUGAUGCUUUCUCUUCUUUCUUGGCCUCCUCCGCAAAUGGGAUUUAUGCCUCCCGAGCUCCCCAGUCUCGAUUCGACCGACCAUUGAAUGAAUACUUCAUUUCAAGCUCACACAACACUUACCUCCUGGGACGUCAGGUGGCUGGGGCAUCCAGCACAGAAGCUUACAUCAGCGCAUUGUCGCAAGGCUGUCGUUGUGUAGAAAUAGACUGCUGGGAUGGCGCGGAUGGUCGGCCCAUUGUCUCUCACGGAAGAACCAUGACCACCAGCGUGCUAUUUGCGGAUUGCAUCACCGUCAUCAAUCGGUACGCGUUCAUCAGCAGUGACUAUCCCCUUAUUCUCUCUCUUGAGGUCCAUUGUUGUCCCGAGCAACAGUUGGCCAUGGUGAGAAUUAUGAGGGAGACCUUCAAAGAUCAACUUGUCCUAGAGCCGCUCCUCAAUAACACAUUCGUUCUGCCCUCGCCUGAAGAACUUAAAGGUCGCAUCCUGGUCAAAGUCAAGGUAUGCGACGAGCCUCAAAUGGACAUGCGUCAAGAAACGUCAACCUCAAUUAUGAGCUCUGGUCGCAAACGCAGUUCAAGCUCUCCGUUCAUUCGACCGAUGGUGCCCGAGCAUCAGAUGACCUUCAAUCUCCCUCCGCUAACAAGCUCGACCACUGUUGGCCCGGACAGCGCCGAUACAUUUCUGACAUACGAUCGACGCUCUUUCACGACCACUAGCAUUAGCAGUGCUACAGAGGACAGUGACACCAACAUGUUUUCGACCAGUCAGAAGGAGCGAAGACGAAGCCAGAAGAGCAAGAUAACCAAGCCUUUGUCGGACCUGGGAGUCUACACCCGCGGCUAUAAGUGGCAUAGCUUUUUCUCUCCGGAAAGUCAGCAAUACAACCACGUGUAUUCCUUUGCCGAGCGCUCUUUCGAGAGCAUCUGCCGCGACAUGGACAAUAAGGCUCUGUUCGAGAGGCAUAAUAGGAAAUAUCUCACCAGAGUCUAUCCCUCGGGGUUCCGCUUACGGUCGUCCAACUUUGAUCCACUCAAGUUCUGGCGGCGUGGUGUGCAGAUGGCGGCCCUGAAUUGGCAGACUUACGACGUCGGCAUGCAAAUGAACCAUGCAAUGUUUGCAGCCGGAACGGAUCGUACGGGAUAUGUUCUCAAGCCCGAGUCCCUCCGCACUGUGCGUCUUGGUGAAGAGGCAGCGAAGGGCAAGGAGAGGAAACUCGUCAGAUUCUCGGUCGAUGUUAUCUCUGCUCAGCAACUGCCCCGCCCCCGCAGCCUUGGACCAGAGGAUUACAUCAAUCCCUAUGUCGAAAUCGAGAUGUUCAGUGCAGAUGAUCGUGGUCAAAGUUUUGUACUUGGCGAGGGAGGCAUGGAUGCCUCGGCUCGCAAUGGUAUGUCAGGGAUCGGGUAUCCUCACCGUCGGCGUACCAAAAUUGAACAGAGCAAUGGCUACAGUCCCAUCUUCAAUGAUCGGUUCAAGCUCUCGCUAGAAACCAAAUACCCCGACCUGGUCUUUGUACGUUGGACGGUCUGGAGCUCGUUGGAUGGCCGCAGUGCAGGAAACAAUAACAGUGUGCAGCUGGCCACAUUCACAGCUAAACUCAGCAGCCUUUCGCAAGGAUACCGCUACCUGCCCCUCUGUGACACUGGUGGUGACCAGUACCUGCUUUCCACGCUGUUCUGCAAGAUCACCAAGGAAGACCCUGUCUCAGUUCAGCGUCUUGAUGCGGAAGAGCUCCGCGCUGAGCGAAUGGGAAUUUUCCGUCAAAUCGGCCAGUCUGUCUUCAAACGAGCCUCAUCCACCGAAAGGGACCGGGACACUGGCUCCGACAAAGGCAGUGAAGCUCCAAUGACUCCCGAUGAUAAUACUUCUCCCACAUCCCCCGCGCUGACUCCGACGGUUUCGGCAGCUUCUACUUCGUCUUCAUUUCCCUGA